UAAGGUGGAAGAAUAUUUAAGGCUUGUGGAAAAUAAAAAAGCUGUGUUUUAAGAUCAGAAUGUUUGUUUACUUUAUGUUUUCAGUAUUGCUUCUAACGAAGAGUACACCGGGCUUUGCACAAAAUAAUGAAGUUUAUAUUUUAAGAAAUCAAAAUCAAAACAAGGAAAAUGGAGUGUAUGAUUUAGUUUACGAAUUAUCAGAUGGGACAAAAGUUGAAAGUCAUGGUCAAUUGGAUGAAAAUAAGAAUAGUAAUGUAUAUGGCUCAUAUGAAUUUCAAGAAAAAGAUAGAAUUCAUUAUGUGUCAUAUGUGGCUGAUAAAAAUGGAUUUCGAUCAAAAGUUCAUUCUCCUCUUGCAUCAACGAAUGCUUAUGAUGAUAUAUUUCAAUAUGAAACGAAUACUUUAAAUCCAUUUUUAAGAACGAAUUCACCAAUAGAGCUAGAUUCUAGAAUUUUGGGUAUAAUUGUAAAAUCUCCAGCCAAGAGAGGAGUCCAAGGCCGACAGGGAGGUUGAAAAUAAUUUUAAAGAAAUCUUUUCAAAUGUUUAG